GAAGAGGCUGGUCAAAGGACGGCGGGGCGGGGCUCGACUUGGACUCGCUGCUCGCCUCUGCCUGGCUGGCGGAGUGUUGCAGCGGGCUCGGGAUGGGGUUGUGCUUUCCCUGCCUGGGGGGAGCCGCCGAUCAGGUGGUGGAGACGCCGGACCCAGAAAUUAGAAGGCAGCAACUUGCAGAAGCAGCAGAAAAAAGACAAAUGGAGGCUGCAUCUCGUGGUGUUAAAAAUCUCUCUUCUGUGGAACAAAAAAAACGAAAACAAGAAGAAAUGGAGAAACGUCUUGAAUCUGGAACCCAGGGACCAGAAGGAGGCAAUCUAAGGUGGCAGGUUGGAUAAAAUACUGAGCAGCUUCAGAAUGAAGAAGGAUGAAGCUUCGCCUUGCCAAUAACUUGCCAGUUGCUACAGAUGAAUCAAACUUGUUAAUUGUCUAGCUUUCACUGUUUGCCUCUGAAGAUGCAGCAGUAUUUUGCCAUUGCAGCAGGGUAGCUGACAUACAGGCACUAAGGAUGAAACAAAACUUCACAAUAUCCAGCAAAGAUGCCCUAAACCAAUCGCUUCCUGUUUAUGUUGCCCUGUUGUGUAAUGCUGCAUGUCUAAAUGUACUGUAGGGAUGAAUUAUGGGAGUUAUUUAUGUAAACAGAUGAAAUUUUCAUGCCUUUGUGAUCAUGGAGAACAAUUCUGUUUUCCAAAGUACCCCUUGUUAAACUUGGUGCCAUCUUACCCCCUGUUAUACUUGUUCCAAUGAUCUUUAAAUAUAUAUAUUUGACAAACUGAUUUGUUUCAGUUGAAGCUACAACUGAAAAAAUGACUUACGCCAUUUUCCCCACUUAACGACCGCUGCAGCAUCCCCAUGUUAUACUUGUAUGAUUCAGUUCAAUCCAGUGCACAAUUCUUGAAUCCCUUUCAGUGGAUUAAAUGCCUGAAACCAACAGGCUUGUUUUAAAAGUAAGAACUUCAGAAUCAAAGCUUUAGUGCCUUCUGCUGGUUACACAUUUAACUGCUGCAUUGCCAUGAGGUAAAAAAAAUCUCUAUCCUUGUGUCUUAGUUUUACACGUGUUAUGCCUAUGUGCAGGGUUUACAAAAAUACAGGCCAAAAUACUAGACUCUUAUUUUUUAAAAUAAGAAGUGAAAAGAAUACCUACAGGUGUUCUCCUUUACCACUUGUGUGUGAAAAACUCAUGAAAGGACAGCUAUAUGAUCCUACUUCUUUGUGAUGAAAUUACUUCAUAAAAAUUACUUUUUUAAUUCUUAAAAACUGGUUGGAGGAUAUUAUUCUGCAUCUACAUCCAGUGUAAAAAUAUGUUUAUAUAGUCAUUCGUAUUAACAUACUGGAAUAAAUAUAAACAUAUUAUGUGAUUAUUCUCCCAUAAGACCCUUUGCAGUUUAUCUGGAAGUGAUGUGGAAAGAAACAGUAAAUUUGUUGAACUUCUAAACUAAUAUAGGAAAUAUUCAUACAUCUUGAAUUUUAAGCAAGGAGUAGUAUCGACUUUUAUGAGAGAAAUGAAGGUGCAGUUUAUUAUCUUGCUUUGUAUCAGAAAUAAAGAUAAUUGCUUCUUACUUAUUCCCAAUAUUAUAGGUACUGAUUUUUUGAAAACAAAAGUGCUUCAGAAAUAUAUUUAAAAGUAAUAACAAGUGUUGUACAUAUGGGUACUGUAUAUGUCAGAGAGAAUAAAAUGUGCAAAUGAAUUAUUUUUUUUCUGAUUCCUCUUUCCAUCCUAGACAAAUAUAAAAAAAUAAUGACUCUUUGACAAAAAUUUGGCUGAUAAUAAAUUUCCCACUUAAAAUGUGAUAUAAAUCAAUGUAGCUAAAACGGAUUGCUUUACCAAAUUCUGUUACGUUAACCUUUUCAGUAAAGUAUGUUGUUUUCUAAUCUAUUACAAUUACUUAUUUAAAAAAAAUCUUGAAAUCUUCAUAUUUCACAGUUUAUACUUUCCUCUUUCUCUUUUGUGCACAUAAAUCCACUAUUAAGUGUUUAAAUAAUUUUAAUGGGAAUUCAGGAAUUCAUACUUUCAUUGCAAUAAAAAUAGCUGAAAUUUAAGAUAUUAAAUUAUUGCAGUGCUUUGAGUGUCAUUAAUGUAUCUGUUGCAUCUCUUUAAAGCAGCCACACCAUUUCCCUGGAUCAUGAGGCAGCUGCAGAGGAUAGCUAGGUAUUGAUGUGGCAGGUUUAAAGAUUUGCAAGCAGAUGUAUGUUAAUACUCUUGUGCUCAAAUGCAUCUUUUCCAAUUUAUUUCUGAAGUUCUUUAGAGUCCCAUGAAAUAAUAGUGCCAUUUUAAUUUUUUUACUUUGUUUCCAGUUACUGAGUUAUGAUAAAUUUGUUCAUUUAUUAACAGUAGCAUUUUUCCCUUAGUUGAGCUAAUAAAUUAUUUGUGACCACGUGGAUCUUUAUGCGUUAUAGUGUUAUUGCAUUAAAUAAAGUAUAAUCAAUUAAAAUCUGA